GGUGGGAAGAUGGGAGCCUGGAGCCGUUCCCCGGCACGUGUCCUUUCCCCCGUGGAGCCUGUGCCUCGGUGAACGGGGUCAGCGUGUGGCCCCGGGGGUGGCUGUGGGUUGGUGGAUGCUUUCCAAAUCCUCCUCAUCCUCCUCCUCCUCCUUCUCCUUCCUCAACCUGCUCCGCCGCUGUUCCCCGAGGCUGCGCAGGAUGCAAUCGGGGAUGCGUAGCACGGCGGAGGAGCUCGAGCUUCAUCUCCGCAGCCUUUCUGGGGAUGCAAAGAGUUUUAAAAUAAAAAGUGGGGUCGUCUUGUGUGAGAGGGACGUGCCUGGCUUAUCUGUGCCGGAGGGAAAUCCAGCUGGAUUUACAAAGUCCUCUGCAGCUCGGAGGCGGGGGCUGGGGGAACUUCUCUUGCUCGCAAAUCCAAUUUGCAGAUGACAUGCAGGAGUUCACCAAGUUCCCAACCAAGACGGGCCGUCGGUCCCUGUCCCGCUCCAUCUCGCAGUCUUCCACCGAUAGCUACAGCUCCGCUGCCUCCUACACCGACAGCUCUGAUGACGAGGUGUCCCCCCGCGAGAAACAGCAAACCAACUCCAAAGGCAGCAGCAAUUUCUGUGUGAAGAACAUCAAGCAGGCAGAGUUCGGGCGCCGGGAGAUCGAGAUCGCUGAACAAGACAUGUCUGCUCUGAUUUCACUCAGGAAACGAGCUCAAGGGGAGAAGCCUUUGGCUGGAGCUAAAAUCGUGGGCUGUACCCACAUUACAGCACAGACUGCGGUGCUGAUCGAGACGCUGUGUGCGCUGGGAGCACAGUGCCGCUGGUCUGCCUGUAACAUCUAUUCCACCCAGAAUGAAGUGGCGGCUGCCUUGGCAGAAGCUGGUGUUGCCGUGUUUGCCUGGAAGGGGGAGUCGGAGGAUGACUUCUGGUGGUGCAUUGACCGCUGUGUUAACGUAGAUGGCUGGCAGGCCAACAUGAUCCUGGACGACGGCGGGGACCUGACCCAUUGGGUUUAUAAGAAAUACCCCAACGUAUUCAAGAAGAUCCGAGGGAUUGUGGAGGAGAGUGUGACCGGCGUGCACAGGCUGUACCAGCUCUCCAAGGCUGGGAAGCUGUGUGUCCCAGCCAUGAAUGUGAACGACUCCGUCACCAAACAGAAAUUCGACAACCUGUAUUGCUGCCGGGAGUCCAUCCUGGACGGCCUGAAGAGGACCACGGAUGUGAUGUUUGGAGGGAAGCAAGUGGUGGUUUGUGGUUAUGGGGAGGUCGGCAAGGGAUGCUGCGCCGCUCUGAAAGCCCUGGGAGCGAUCGUCUACGUCACGGAGAUCGACCCCAUCUGUGCUCUCCAAGCUUGCAUGGACGGAUUUCGGGUGGUGAAGCUGAGUGAAGUAAUCCGUCAGGUGGAUGUCGUCAUCACCUGCACAGGAAACAAGAACGUUGUGACCAGAGAACACCUGGAUCGGAUGAAGAACAGCUGCAUCGUCUGCAACAUGGGCCACUCCAACACCGAGAUCGAUGUGACCAGCCUCCGGACCCCGGAGCUGACCUGGGAGCGGGUGCGCUCCCAAGUGGACCACGUCAUCUGGCCGGACGGGAAGCGGGUGGUGCUGCUGGCCGAGGGCCGUCUUCUCAACCUGAGCUGCUCCACGGUUCCCACCUUCGUGCUCUCCAUCACGGCCACCACGCAGGCUCUGGCGCUGAUAGAGCUUUACAACGCUCCCGAGGGCCGUUACAAACAGGACGUGUACCUGCUGCCGAAGAAGAUGGACGAGUACGUCGCCAGCUUGCAUCUGCCUUCGUUUGACGCCCACCUGACGGAACUGACGGACGAUCAGGCGAAAUACCUGGGACUCAACAAAAACGGGCCUUUCAAACCCAAUUACUACAGAUACUGACGGACCAUACCCAUGAAGGACCAGACCACACAAGGCAACAUUAGAGAGAUUAUUUUUAAAGAUCGUUUUUAUUUUCGUUUACCUUUUUCUUUUUUAAACCAACCAACCAACCUGUUUUUACAUUUAUCAGUGUGAUUUUAAGGUCACCCUUUUUUUUUUUUUUUUUUUCUUCCCCUUUUCCCCCCCACCUUCGGUUUCACCCUUUUAACGUGAUCACAUCUCUGUCUGAUCUUGGCAGACAAGCUGGGAUUCGCUUCUUGCUUUCAUGUGGCUGAAGCCGCUGGUGGCUCCCAGCCCUGGCUCCCGGAGAGGGCGUCCCUUUCCCGAUGUGCCAAGGGCAGUUCGUUCCUGCAGCGAUUUUUUUGAUUUUAUUUUAUUCCCCCCCCCCCCCCAACCUUUCCAGCCCACGUUAGUCUCGGCCGGGAUCCCUGCAGAUACGGAGAUGCUGUUCUACCUUAUCUUACUUUCUUUCUUUGUGUGGAUUAUCUGCAACUUCUAAAUUGCCUUAAAGAGCCCAGUUUUAGCUGCUAGAUCAACGCUCCUAGCGCUGCCUGGGAGCAGAGUGGCGCCUGCUGGCCACCUCGCGAAUAGGUGACUGUCCCCAAGCCCGGCCAACGUCCCUGCGCCGAGGUGGCCCAGGCUUGGUGGCCGCUGGCCCAGGUUUGGUGGCCGGCUGGGUACGGGGGGGAGAGUUCACUGUUUCAGGGUGCUAAUCUGAAUUCGGACGGGGGUCGCUUACCCAGCAUUAUCCUCAUCUCUCCUAGGUUUUUUUAGCCAAACUGCACCUUAAUUGAGUUUAAAACAUUUUUUUUUUGUCUGUUUAUUUUAUUUUUUUUUUCCUCUUUUCCUUUUUGAUCCUUAAAGAGAUGUUUUAAAGGGGGGGGAUGAUGCGGCUGCCUGUCGAGUCCGGGCGCUGGCUGCGUCCGAGCGGCCCCAUCUCCCACCGAGAAGCGCGGGGUGGUUUUAAGGGUGUCUGGGGCAUUUUUUUGGGGGUGUUUCACUUGUUUUGAGAUGGACGCAGAGAUGAGCCUUCCCCCCUACCCCAGCCUGGGCCCUCUGCACCACGGACCCCUGCGCAAAGCCCCCAGCUCCCCAUCGCUGCCCCGGGGCUCUCUCAGCUCUUCCCUGCCCCUCUCGCAGUGCGUUUCGGCCGCUCUCAUCGCCUCGUUCAUCCCCCUUUCCCUGUGACGUGUUUCUCUUUUUUUUUUUUCCAUCUCUUGCAGCUUGUCCUGGGAUGGGGGAAGCUCCUUGCUUUUUUUAUCUUCCCCAAAUUGCCUCUUUCUUCCCCCAGCCAAAGCCCGGAGCAGGGAGGGAAGGAGGACCCCCGCUGCCUGCAUCUCCCGGUACAGGGAUAAUGGAGAUGCUGUGGUACCCGUCACCGGGGCUGCUCCUUCUUCUCCAACCCCCCGCAUCCCGGGAAUGCCUUUUUAGUCCCUCCCCGGGGGCUUUGCAGGGCUGGGGGUGCCGCCGCUUCCUCCGGGGGGGUUGCAAAGCUCCUUCCUAGGGACGGGAGGAAGGUGGGAGGGAUGCUCAUGGCUUUGAUUCCCCCCCCUCCCUGUUUUCCCCUCCUUCUCCCUUGUCUGUCCCUCUUUCUCACUCUCCUCCUGGGCUGUCGCUGGCUCUCCCGCUCUCCCCACAGAUUUUUGGGGAUUGCCUGCCUCGCAGCGUCCCCUCCACCAUCCCCCAAACUUCACGGGGUGGGGGGACACUCAAGGUGGGAUGGAUGCCUGGGGGGAGGCACCGAGGGUGUCCCCCUUUCCCCAGGGGGGGACUCAAGGCAGGAUGGACGCCUGUGGGGAGGCAGCCAGGGUGUCCCCCCUUCCCCAGGGGGGGACCUACGCUCCAUCCCCUGCACUUGGGGGUCGCGGUCCCCCCCCCCCUUUCCCACCCCCCUUAGGGUCGAACCUCGGCGUAAGGGCUCCAUCUCUGUAUAAGCCAUGUCGGGGUUGGGGGGGGGUGGGGGGGGGAGCCCGGGGAUGGCGGUGGCAGCGUCGGGCCGUGAGGGAGAGGUUUAUUUUGUAUAUGAAUGAUUUUUAAUGAAUGCAAUAUUAAUCCUUGCAGAUGAGCAAUAAAUCAUUAAAGUCUAAUUAAACUAUUAGGAAAAA